CUCUAUUUCUCUUGUUACAUAACAAAGCAACUAGUGAGAAAAGUAUAGGAUGGAGAAGAGCAACGAGCGUAUUUAUGUCCUUGGUGCCACUGGUAAUGUCGGCUCUGUUGUGUUGGACAAGCUGAUCAAAAGCGGCAUUCAGGUCACGGCCUACACUCGUACACCGCCAAAAGUUGCCAACACGUCUAGCACUAUCACCAUUAUUCAAGGCGGUUAUCACGACUUGACACCAUUUAAUGAAUCCAUUGCCGGUCACACGCGCUUGUUUCUGCUUGUGCCUGACAUGGAUGACAUGGCUGCCAUCAAAAUUGCACUGGCUAAAAAGGCCUACGAAGCGGGGGUGAAACAAAUUGUCGACUUGUCAGUCCAAUCUGUGCCUUGGCGUCAGUACCAAGCGCUGCUACCACACCAAGUUGCAGAAAAGGCCAUCUAUGAACUAGCUAACAAACCUUCACGAAAUCAUGGUUUCGUGAGUCUGCGGCCGAGCAAUUUCAUGAGCAAUCUAUUGUUCAAUCUCGAAACUAUCCAAAAACAGAGCACGAUCAUGGAUUCUGCUUCUGCUCCGGACGAGUUGCAAGAAUGGAUUUCGCCAUGCGAUAUUGGCGAGGUAGCGGCACGUAUUUUGAUGGAUCCAGUCGAAAAACAUGGUGAUGCUGCAUACGAGCUGGUUGGCGAUGUCAAGACACCCCAAGAACGUGCUCAAUUUUUGUCUGAACUGUUGGAUCGCACAAUAACGUACACUCAGGUCCCACCACAAACCAUGUAUGAUACUUUCCUUAAAAUGGGAUCCGCUUCUGAUCUUGCGUAUUGUGCCGCUACGUAUCGCGCCGUAAGUCCAGCAGUGACUCGUGGUUUGCCAAUCCUGCUUGGGCGACAGCCUGAAUCAAUUCAAAAAUGGAUGGCUCGUAACAAGAGCGCUUUUUCUUAAGUUGAUAUUCACCACAUGAUAGCCAACUCUAGCUUAAAUAAAAGAUAAUAAAGGACAACUCAAGUGAUAUAUAGCGACAAUGAAGUGAGUUCACUAGAUUCAUUACAGUAGCGUAUCAACAAUGAAUGUAGCUGAGCUGUUCUCUCUCCUAUUACGACGCUGUAUGCCUCUUGGACGAAUGCAUCAUUACAGAGCCAUUGCAACUACAGUAUCUUCAAUAGCAAGAUAAAUCAGAAGAAAAAUACUUUUUU